UUUGGUGACUGCAAAGGACUUCAUGAAGAGCACAUCACACUCUCGAGAGAAAAAAGGAAGUCCGCCUUAUGUGACUCCCAUAACAACGAUCACCGCAUUGAUCAUCGAUGCAAGGGACACUUGAUGCUGGUCAUCUCCCAACACAAGAGAGUACGCAAGCUUCAUCAAGUGAGUUGGUCAUCUCGGACAUUCGAUCCAAGCAGUACGAGUGUCAUGUAGACGGGCACUUAUGGACUCCAUCAGGACCUGCCUGGGAUGUGCCAUCGACUAUAGUGAGAAGGCCACAGUCCACAAUGUCGCGUGACCUGUCCACAAGAAGAGGUAAGAGUGGGCGUACUACAAUUUUCACAAAGGAACCCCGCCCUCUGCUACCCACAGUUCAGGAUGUUGAGGAUGGUAGCUCGGAAGAUAUAGAAGAUGAAGUAUACGAGAUGCCUCCCGACAAAUCACCGUUGCUUCCUUUCCAUGGCGAAACGAAUGUCAAAGACAUUGUCGAUGUACGUAGAGAUGAUAACAGCAAUGAACUUGAUGGCGCGCCUUCUCCAACUACCAUGCGGAGGAGCAUUCUUGAAGGGCAGAGGGAACGGAAGCAUCCGCGCGUGGUGGCGUUUGGGUUCGAUGAAGAGGUGAGACAUAAUAUUAUAGUUGAUGGAGCUGUUGAAGGUCGGGAUGGAGCUGUAGAAGGUCGAGGCAAAGGGAGAAAACAAAAGUCAGCCCGUGGAGGUGUGAUGGAGAAGAAUCGUACGAUAAGGAAGGAGGACAUACUUGCUCAAGCAGAAAAUCACCUUGUUACAAAUCUUGUGUGUCACUCGCUUCGUGAAAUUGCAUUGUCACGAAAGGUCAAGUCCAUCAACUAUGAUGAGGGUUUUUUUCUUGAGUACGACACGGAGAGGAAGGCAUUAACCAAUCUGCCACAGGUGCUUAUUGACGUAAGCAGAGUCUUGGACAUACCACCACAGGAGACAAUGUACAACCACCGACCACUCGAGCGAGAGCGUGUUGUGGGGAUAAAACUGGUAAUUGAGGAAUCUUAUGAGGGUCAUGGACAAUGGAGGAAGUCAGACCUCAUUGUCGCACGUAUUGUUUCCCCGCGUCUUGACAACGGUGGAAAAGCACAGCGCGAGCUCAAAGGUGUAUCGUCGUCGCUGCGUGGAACUGUGGCGUCAAUACGGAAGUUAUGGCUGGACAUGGAAAAACUGGAGGCCGUGUACGGAAGAGCUGAUUCCACGUUCAUCGUUUGUAAGCUUGACGAUGAUGAUGUGAAGAGGAACACAGUCCGUGUGACAACGACCGAUAUCACGGACAUCAUGGCCGCAAUCAAGGAAAGAGCGAAGUACAAAGAAAUGACAGCAACAGGAAAACACAAUGAGGUGUCUCAGGAUCUUGACAAGUUACGAGAACAAGAGCAUCGAGUAUUCAGAAAGAACGUGGUGGACAAGAAAUUCCCGCAAGCGAAAUUCGCGGAUGAGGAUCUCACUGGUGUAAAAGUUCUUGCGUAUGGGACAGGGAGAGAUGUAGUGAGAAUGUUCGUAAAUUCUGUGAGCAUUUCGUACAAGUUGGGGACAUUGUCCUUAUGCUAGGACGACCUCAAGUUGGUGCCGUGUGGGGGGUGGUUUCAUCAGGAAGGCACAUUAUCGCUAUUGAUGCGGAGCCCGU